UCCACGUGCAUCUCUCCGAGGAAAGAAUCCUCUCUCUUUCGUACAAUUCGAUCGUUUAUAGUGAUUUCUAUCAUGAUUCUAUGUGUAUUCGUUUUAACAUUGGCUAGCACUGUGUUAGCUCAAACCGAUAAUUCGACUCGUUUGACUCGUGCUCCUCAAUCUGCACAAAUCAACUACGAUGAUCCAAGUGGCUCGAAAGUGAACUGGAAAUUUUACGCUCCUUACAAUCAACAACGCACUCACCUGGAGAAUCCUCAACGAACCCAACGAGCCGAGACUGCGGUAACUCAAGCGCAAAUCCCAUCAGCGGGUCAACAUCAUCAACAACGUUUGGUCCAGCCUCAUCAACCAACACCAAUAUCCAAUUUGGUAUCAACACAACCGGAAUACAAGUCUUAUGCAUCCGUACCAAUACAUAUUAAAGAAUUGAUACUACAAACGUACGAACCACAACGUCCAUACGUUGACCCAUCGUCAUUUAUUUAUCAGCAAAGUGAACUACUACCAACGCAACAAACUAAUUCGCGUGCUGAUUUUUCUCAUCGUAACCAAUACGAAGCACCCGCUACGAAAUAUCAAUCAAUCGAUGACGCCAGAUCUGCUUCAACUAAUUCUUAUUACAAUGAUGAUUCAGCUAAAUCACAAGGAAGAAUUGAUUAUAAACAAGACUAUGAUCAACAUACUCAAAAUACUCAACAACAACAGCAACAGCAACAACAACAACAACAACAAGAACAACUUCAACUUCAACUUCAACAUCAACAGGAACAGCAACAACAACACAUUAUUGGUAUUACUGUACCGGUAGAAACUAUGCCCGUUCAACCAGCACCUAAAUUGGUCAUCGACAAGAGUAUGCCGCAAGAGAUUCAACAGUUGUUACAUUACCAAGCUCAGAUACCCUAUGAUGUCAUAGCUAACAGAAUAACUUACAGACCAAAAACCCUAUUCAUUCCAAAACCGAUUCCGGACGACUCUAAAGGAUCUUAUUACUACAAGAGUAAGAUUUAUUACAUGAAAGACGAUAACAUAGACGAAAUUGAAAACACCAAACCGGUCGAAGAAAGUCAACACCAUUGAUGAUCAUAUUUUUUUUCGUUAUUUUCAUAUUUAAUGUCAUAUUUUAAUCGAACGGGACGACAUUGAGCAAUCCUUUGAUA